CGGUGGACGUGGUAUACUUGGACAGAGGGGUGGCGGUGGACGUGGUAUACUUGGACAGAGGGGUGGCGGUGGACGUGGUAUACUUGGACAGAGGGGGGGGCGGUGGACGUGGUAUACUUGGACAGAGGGGGUGGCGGUGGACGUGGUAUACUUGGACAGAGGGGGUGGCGGUGGACGUGGUAUACUUGGACAGAGGGGUGGCUGUGGACGUGGUAUACUUGGACAGAGGGGUGGCGGUGGACGUGGUAUACUUGGACAGAGGGGGGUGGCGGUGGACGUACGUGGUGGUAUACUUGGACAGAGGGGUGGCUGGCGGUGGACGUGGUAUACUUGGACAGAGGGGUGGCGGUGGACGUGGUAUACUUGGACAGAGGGGUGGCGGUGGACGUGGUAUACUUGGACAGAGGGGUGGCGGUGGACGUGGUAUACUUGGACACAAGAGUAGUGGUUAACUUGAUUCAUACUCUGAAUGGUCUGGGUGGGUCAGUG